AUGAAUAUUUCAAUAGGUGAUCUGAAACCUGCAAAUUUCCUCUUUACAAAUACUUCUGAUGAUGCUUUACUUAAAUUAACAGAUUUUGGAUUUGCUAAAGAAGGAAAUAAUGAAAAAUUUCCAUUGAUUACACCAUGUUAUUCUCUAUAUUAUGCUCCACCAGAAAUCUUGUCCCAUAAUAAAUAUAAUAAAGCAUGCGAUAUUUGGUCAAUGGGUGUUAUAACAUAUAUUCUUUUAUGUGGUUAUCCACCAUUUUAUGCUGCUCAUCGUGGUAUGAUUGGUACUCACAAUAUGAAAUCAAAAAUCAAAGCUGGCAAAUAUGAAUUUCCAAAAGCUGAAUGGAACAAGAUUUCAUCAGAAGCUAAAUCAGUUGUACAAAAAAUGCUAAUAGUUGAUCCAUCUGCACGUGUUACUAUCGAUUGGAUUCUUCAAUGUCCAUGGUUAGUUGGUACAGUACCUGAAACAUCAAUUGAUAUUAGUCCAAUGUUUGAUUUUGAAAAUUAUGAACAAACGCGAAUUGAAAUUGUCGCUGCAAAUGAUGCUCAACGUCGUCUAGUUGAUGAUGAUGAUGAUGAUUCAAAUAUAAAUAUUUCUACAUAUGAGAGCUCACGUGUACUAAAACGAGCUGCUAAACGAGAACAAAAACGUGCUACUGAAAAUGGCGAUCCACCAUUAUCACAAAUUGACGAACGGGAAACAAUUGCUUUUUUUUAA